AUGGCGAGCGUCGAUGUUGCUGCCCUUGGCGCCGUCCCUACCAAUGGAGGGGCAACCGCAGCUUCCCACCCCUACACCUGCAACACCUGCACUGUUGCCUACCGAAACAUCGAUCUUCAGAGAGGCCAUAUGAAGAGCGACUGGCACCGAUACAACCUCAAACGCAGAGUCGCAUCCCUUCCCCCCAUCGCCUCCGAGGUCUUCAACGAGAAGGUCCUCCAGGCCCGCGCCGUCCAGAACGCUGAGGCCGAGAAGGCCUUGUUCGAACGCACUUGCGAUGCUUGCCAGAAGUCGUACUCGAGCGAGAAUGCCUAUCAGAACCAUCUCACGAGCCAGAAGCAUAAGGUUCGUGUCGCCGCCAUUGCUAGACGUAAGGGUGGCGUCGCCGAUGAUGCCAGCUCUGUCAUGAGCUCUACCUUCUCCCUUGGCGAACCCAUUGCUGUCGACAAGGAGAACGAGUUGGACUCUGAGGCCGAGGAGGAAUUCACCCAGGUUGUCGAGGGUCUCAAGAAGACCAACAUCCACGAGCACCAUGACGAGCGUCCCUCGCCCGUCAAGCGCCCUUCAAACCCUCACCUGUCUGCUCAGGGUCAGCGCGCCAGCGAUGAUGCCUCCAUCAACCGCGAGUCCGACUCCACCACUCCCGUUCCCUCGAAACCCGAGAUCUCCUGGACCCUUAAGUCCUGCCUUUUCUGCAACUACGAGUCUCCUACUGUUCCCCUCAACGCCAACCACAUGGAGCGGUUCCAUGACAUGUUCAUUCCCGAGAAGCAGUAUCUCGUUGACCUCGAGGGUCUGCUGCAGCACCUGCAGGAGCGCGUUCACGAGGGCCACCAGUGCCUGUACUGUUUCAAGACUAAGAAGACGGCCUUCGCCGUGCAGACCCACAUGCGUGACAAGGGUCAUUGCAAGAUUCCCUACGACACCGAGGAGGUCCAGCUCGACAUUGGUGACUUCUACGAUUUCCGCAGCACGUACUCUGAUGGCGAGGAGUCGGACGACGAGGAGGAGGCCGACCAGAAUGGCGGGGCCAAGCUCGGUCUGAAGCGUCCGACCAAGCUGGUCGGUGAUGAUGGCGAGGAGGUCGAGGAGGGUGUAGAGGAUGGCUGGGAGACUGACAGUUCGGCUUCUUCUCUCGACUCUGCCGACCUGACGGCCUUUACUGCGGAUGGUCGAUACGAGCAGUUUGAGCGCCUCGACAAACACCCUCACCACUCUCGCGACGACCCCCGUACCCGUCACCAGGUGGAUGGUUGGCACUCGCAUGCCCACAAGCACACCCGUGCCGUCUUCUACGACGAAUACGAGCUGCAUUUGCCCUCUGGUAAGGCAGUCGGUCACCGCUCCCAUAACCGAUACUUCAGACAGAACCUUCACAACUACCCCACUGCCGAGGAGCGCGAGGAGCGUCUGGCCAUUGAGGCCGGCUCUGGCGACGAGAUGGAUGUGGAUGGCAGAGAGGUUGCCACCACUGGUGACCGUAAGACUCGCAACCGUGCCGUGGCUCGUAGAGACGCUGCGGGUAUGGCUGGUGCGACGGACAAGCAGAAGCGCGCCGUCCGACAGGAGGAAGUCAGAGGUCGGAGCACCGCCACCCGUUUCCAGAAGCGCUACGACUACGGAGUCAGCGCGAAGCUCAACAACCAGAAGAACCACUACUACAGAUACCUUGCGGGAGCAUCACGCCAACCAGAACUUACAACCCGCGACCUCGACCAGACGCGGAUGGUUGGUAUGACGGGCGCAGACACCCCAACCCCCACCAAGAGCCCGGCUUUGAGAGGUCCAGGUCCAGAGAUGGCUAUGACGGGCGAGACAGGAGGAUCCCAUCGACGUCGCAAAGGAGCGCGUCUUACAGAGAUCCUGCCAAAGCUAUCCCAAGAUGAACUGGACAAGAUCAGCACACCAAAGGACAUCUGGGAGGCCAGAUCGCUCUACUACGUGCCCCCAAAGAGGUCAAAGGAACAUCAGAAACCUGUUCCCAUUCCGAGUCUUGCACCACCCCGGCAAAGAACCCGCAACAACGGCAUCGCCUCGGUCAGCGACAUCAAGGCGGCGAUCCAGGGCCGAUCCCAGGACCCAAAACCACAGCCUCCCCCUCCGCCCUCCGAAAUCCAGGGCGACGGCGGCGCCAUCUUCACAUCCCCCGUCAACGACCUCCCGCACGCCCAGGCCGCUAGGUUCUUCCUCUCACCGCCUGCCAGCUUCUUGUACUCGGCGUUUCGCCUCCAACACCACCCGAUCAACACCACAACGCCCGAGAUCUGCGUCAUCGGCGCCAGCAACUGCGGCAAGUCGUCUUUCAUCAACGCCCUUACCGGCUCCGUCUCACUCGCCAAGGUCAGCGCCGUCGCGGGCAAGACGGUGUCGAUGAACGCGUAUGGCGUCGGCCCCCUCGCCGGCUUGCCGUUCCGAGAGCCCGUUGCAGCGGAGGGCGGCGGGCGGACGAGAGAGGAGAAGCCGGAGCACGGCAUCGUGCUGGUCGACACACCCGGCUACGGUUACGCCUCCCAAGGAGAGUGGGGGCAGGCGAUUGUCGAGUACCUCAAUAAGCGCACCAUGCUCCGUGGCGUUAUCCUCCUCCUCUCGUCCGAGAAAAAAGUCUCGGAGAAGGACGCACAGAUCGUCAAGAUUCUCGCCGACGUGGGGCGGCCGGUGAUGCUUGUCUUCACCAAAAUGGACAAGGCGUUGCUCCGCAGAGCCCGGGAGGAGGGCGGCAUCGCCGAGAGGCUGCGCGAGGCGGAGCGGUGCUUCGCAAGAACGGGGUGGGGCGACUGGGAGAGGAAGGUGUACAUUACGGCGGCGAGGAUGGAGCGCGACAAGAGUUGGAAGGUCGACGCGACGGGGAGCGCGGCGGGCAUGGCCGGGGUGAGGAUGGGGGUGUUGGAACUGGCCGGUAUCAGGGAAUUUGUCGCUCCUGAAAAGGCGCGGGUUUCGCCGACAAAGGCGGCAUCGGGGACGGGGACGGAGACGAAGCAGGAAAAGAAGAGGCUGGAGCCGGGCAAGGCCUUGGAGAGCGACCCGGCGGCGUGGUCGGGCGACGUGGUGUCGUUCGAGGAGCUGGAAAAGAAAUUCGGCGAUUGGAGCUCGUGA